AUGUCUUCAACUCUGACACACGCUCUUAUUCUUUUGGUUGUGUUUGUUAGUCUGAUCUACGCUGGAUCCAAACAAAGUCAGGAUGUAAUCGCACAUGAAGGUAAAUGUCCGACAAGAAAUCCACUCAUCCACAUCCAUUGUCGUCGACGUGUGUGUCGACCAGAAGAUAUGAUUCCCCUCUGCAAAUCGGAUGGUGAUUGUUCGAGCGUACAAAAAUGUUGUCGACCAAUGUGUUCGUGCCGAACACGAUGUGUCGAUGCUGUUAAGGACUAA